AUGUCAAAAUGGGGCGGCGCGACACUGAAGUACGAACUGGAUGCUCCGAAUAACACGCCUCAGUAUCUGGAAUCACUUGCCUGUGCCACAUAUUCGCCACUAGAUGUGUCGGCCUCCAUUUCAUCCGGCUCUUUCCGUACGGACGGCAUGGUUAUAGUACCUUGCAGCAUGAAGACCCUCGCAGGGAUACGCAUGGGUUACGAUAACGAUUUGAUUGUCCGAGCGGCAAGUGUGACGCUCAAGGAGAGGCGUAGACUUGUGCUUGUCGCUAGAGAGACGCCCCUAAGCAGCAUACAUUUGGAAAACAUGCUGGAGGUCACAAAGGCAAGCGCCGUGGUGUUUCCGCCCGUGAUGGCGUUCUACACGCGGCCAAAGUCAAUUCAAGACAUGGUUGACCAAAGUGUUAUGAGGAUGAUUGAUCUGUUGGACUUGAAUCUGGUUGGUGGGAACAACGAUGAGGGCGUCCGCUGGGCAGGGUUUGACUGGGUAGCGAAAGGAAAACCCAAGGCAGAGUAA